AUGUUUUUUCAACGCAGAUUUCUCAUGACCAUUAUUGCCUGUGUCUAUGUCUUUAUUCUCAAAGUUUUUUUAAAUCCUUUUUUUUUUUUAUCUUUCAAUGAUAAAACUGUUGGAGGUGUGGUUAUAAAAAAUGAUCACCAUUCAAAAAAUAUUGCAUCGAAUAAAAUAUGGUCUCAAAGUGGAGCAUCACCUAACAAAUCCCCGGUGAAUAGUUAUGUUUUCCAAUUUGCACAGAAAAACAGAUUAUCUAGCAUGAGAACGAGAAGGAAGAAAAAUUUACUUUUUUUUUACAACAUAAAAAAAAAAAAAUUACCGCACCUCCUUUGUUUUCAUAGUGAAGAUUGUGAAUACUGCAAUAGCAUGGAGAAGCUAUUAACCAAAUUAAAAGACGAAGAGGGAGUUAAAUUUCUCAAACUUGAAAUGUAUGAAAACACAUACAAUUAUGAAUUGUUACAAGAGUUAGAUUAUGAUAACCUGUGUGGUGGAUUACCAUAUUAUUACAACUUGAAGACACAUUAUAACAUCUGUGGUGCUACGACUUAUCACAACUUGAGAAACUGGGCCCUAGACAAGAAGUGCAACCCCAAUGAACCACCAUAUGAAGAAUUUUAA